GUUGGUCAUCUGUGUUCCUUAAUCUCAUUUAAGGUGAACCUAACACCACCCUCACGCUUAGCAUGGAUGUCGAUGUGGGAUUCUUGCUAAUAUCCGCUCUCACGUGUAGCGUGGUUAGAGUCAGGGUCAGCCAACUACUGGCCAAAGACUGAUCCCAUGCGUGAGUACGCUGUGUGUGCACGGGGGAUACAGCGUGCUAAGUCUACUGGUGUCUCCAAAGAUAUGACGAUACGACGUGCCAAGUCUAUGAGUGUGUGUUGCUGGCAUUGCGCCGCAGUACAUUCAAGCAGUCCAACUAGACUCUUCAUGAUUGAUUACCGGUUAUAACAAUCAGGGAUAAGCGGAAUAACUAUGAAGUUUCUUUGUUUCCGAAUAAGUUUAGAAUUAAUAAAUAUCAAACAAUAAGAGAUAUAUACCAUUUUUGCAGGUAACCGAAAAUGGGGCACAGAGAUCUGUAUGAGCCCAUGUAUCCCGUAGAUGCAGCAUUCCGUUCAUCUCGUACAAACGAAGCUUAUGUGUUCAAGGGGAACAUGUACGUCCUGAUUAACUACGCGCCUGGCACUCAAAAUGAUAAGGCCGUGAACCGACCGCUGCUCAUCCGUGAUGGGUUUCCGUCACUUGCAGACACGCCCUUUGGAGAUGGAAUAGAUUGUGCGUUCGGGUCUCAUUACAGGAAUGAAGCAUUCAUCUUCAAGGGGGAUCUAUGCGCAGUGGUGAACUAUGCACCGCACACUACAAACGACUGGAUAGUUAAAGGACCCAUGACCAUCGCUUCGAUGUUCCCAUUCCUCAGAGGCACGGUGUUCGAAAAAGGCAUAGAUGCUGCAUUCGAGUCAUCGAGGGAAUCUGAAGCUUACCUCUUCAGAUCCGACCAGUAUGCUCGUAUAAAUUACGGUUCUAGUCCGCACCUAAUUACCAUGCGUCUCAUCGCUCAAGGCUUUCCAACUUUAAGGAACACCAUCUUUGAGCAUGGAAUCGAGGCCGCAUUUGCUUCGCACCGUUACAAUGAGGCAUACAUAUUCAACCUUUUUGAGUACGCACUCAUCAACUUCGCACCAGGCACAACAAAUGAUUACAUCAUCGGUGGUGUGAAGCCGAUUUACCCAAACUGGCCUUCUCUUGGUGGCUACGAACGUGAGCCUGCUCUAACAUUUGCCGACGUCCUCUUCGGGGAAGACGUGGUAAGACAUGAUGAAUCAGAGCUGCACAAUCACCUUUCUCAAUUUUCCUCUGCCCCUGAGCCUGAUCCGUUAUCUCCCGCUCUGGAUAUGUACCUAUAUGUUGUAAAUGCUGAGGUUAUACAUUUUCUUGUUGGUACCGUAUGUCCGAUAAUCUCAACAAAAAUAAAUUAGUUUUUCUUGACCGUUUCAACUCUGUUGUCUUAAUUUUGUUGGGCAAUGUUUUCUUCAUUACAAGACAUUGAUACAGAUUUAACACCGCCAUUUUUUUUUGUAUGA